AUGAGGAGCAAUGACAACCAUUCUAUGAUGCCUCUUAUCAGUACGAAGCUGCAUGUGCUGAACCCAGUGUGGAAAAAGAAGAAAUCUCGUGACUCGGAACAACCUGAAGAAGCAGAGUCAAAGCCGGAAUUUAUUGUCCCCGAAACACAAGAAAUUUGUACAUCUGCUGAAGAAUUGCUGCGAAAAACUACCAUUUAUAAUGAAAAUAUCUGGACGUGUCGCGUUACCGGAAAAACGAAUUUGACUUACCGAGAAGCUCAGAAAGCUGAAGCGACUGGCAUUCGAACGCUGAAAAAAUGUUUUCCGAAAUUCUUCGAGAAAACUAUUCUGGAGCGUGUUCAUUUAAGUAUUUCACCUCUAGAAUCUCUCGUACAUAGUUGUUGGACUGCAAUACAUGAACAGUUUUAUAUUGCCGAACCUGUAAAGCUGAAAGUUGAUUCUGUUUCUAAUACACCCAUACGUGGCAUUAUAGAUGAUAUUAUCAAGUCACAAGCUGUACCAACAUCUGUUCCAGAUAACACCUCACCUAACAAUAGUGAUAAAGAAAAUGUCACAAAGAAGAAUUCUCCUAUCAAAAAAAAUUACGCCUACAGCGUUAAAGUUCUUUCGGACAUCCCAGUUGUUGUACAUGAUGUUCCAGCUUGUUCCAUAGAUCGUGUCAAUCGUGCACCGUCCAAAGAACACAUUCGGAUGUUUAUUCGCAGUCAUGCUAUGCGCUAUGGACCGAAUUUUUCAGGUCCUUGGAUUGUAAACGAAGAACUCUUACGACGUCACAAGAUACCUUUGAAAAGUCCUGGAUGUCAAGUCGAUAAGGCUAAGCUGA